AUGUCUUUCGGAAACAAGGCCAAGCUUCACACCGGUGCUGAGAUCCCCACUCUGGGUUACGGCACCUGGCAGUCUGCCCCCGGCGAAGUCUCCGUCGGCGUCUACGAGGCCCUCAAGGCCGGCUACCGCCACCUCGACCUGGCCAAGAUCUACCAGAACCAGCCCGAGGUUGCCCAGGGCAUCAAGAAGGCCCUCGCCGAGAUCCCCGGCCUCAAGCGUGAGGACAUUUGGAUCACCUCCAAGCUGUGGAACAACAACCACCGCCCCGAGAACGUCGAGGCCGCCCUCGACGAGACCCUCAAGGAGCUCGAGCUUGACUACCUCGACCUCUACCUCAUCCACUGGCCCGUUGCCUUCAAGAAGGAUGGCGACAAGCUCUUCCCCCUCGCCCAGGAGAACGAGGUCGACCUCGACCAGGGCGUCUCCCUCGUCGACACCUGGAAGGCCUUGAUCAACCUCCCCAAGUCCAAGGUCAAGAACAUUGGUGUCUCCAACUUCACCAUUGAGGACCUCGAGACCGUCAUCGACGCCACCGGCGUCGUCCCUGCCGUCAACCAGAUCGAGCGUCACCCUCUCCUCCAGCAGAACGACACCCUGAUCAAGUACGCCAAGGAGAAGAACAUCCACAUCACCGCCUACUCUCCCCAGGCCUUCGGCAACAACAGCGUGGGUGCCCCUCUCCUCAUCGAGAACGACACCGUCAAGAAGAUCGCCGAGCGCUUGAACGCCACCCCCGCCCAGGUCAUCCUCGCCUGGUCCCAGGUCGGCGGCCACUCCGUCAUCCCCAAGUCCGUCACCCCGAGCCGCAUCCACUCCAACUUCCAGGAGGUUAAGAUCUCGGACGAGGACAUCGCUGCCAUCAACGAGAUCGGCAAGCAGCCCCGCCGCUACAACGUCCCUAUCACCUACAAGCCCCGCUGGAACAUCAACAUCUGGGACGAGGAGGUGGAGAAGCAGGCCACCAACAAAGUUGUCCGCAAGCUUUAA